AGCACAUGGUCGCCGCCAUGAUCCCUCCGCGUGUGUUUCAGAGACGCUGCAAUUCUCUCUGAAGAGAACUCCGGACUAUAUUUCUCGCCUUCUGACCUGGUCAGAGUCUCUUCAUUCCCAUCCUGCCUCGACAGCGACAUCUGGCGACCCCUCAUGAAUCUACAGCCUGGGCUGGCGACCUGAACCUCAGCGUCUUGCGGGGGGGUCUCAGCGGCGCGGCACCGUGCCACCAGCCUGUGGCUAUGAACAGACACCUUUGCCUUCUUAAGAAAGGUAAUGCUAGAAGUCCACGCCUUCUGUAGAAGGCUUGGUCCUAUUGUGACCGCGGUUCGGCUUUUAAAAGCCGGGACUGUGCAGGACGGGGUGUCCCUGGAGGAGAGGACUGUCUUGUCUCUAAAAGUGGACAUUCGCUGAUGGGAGAUCUCAUAGCAAUGGGGAAUCAGGCGUCUGCAGCUGAUCGGACGGUCUUGUCCACCUGGAAAGUCUCUAUCCCGCAGAUGGGGGCUCGGGUCUCUGAGGAGGAACUGAUAUGGCUCUUAAUCUGGGCUCAGGAUCAUGGAUUCUCUGCAGACAUUGGGCGGGCCUUUGAUCGAAAGCUCUGGCGCGAUUUGGGGCAGUGCCUCAUGAAGCAGAUGCACAAGGAGGACGAGGAGGCAUCCACACUGUUUUCGGUCUGGGGGCGCGCGUAUAUGCCCCUGCGGGAGGGAGCCCCAGGGAGCAUGGACUCUGAGAGUGUUCUCUCCGGGAGCGAUGAGGCCGCUUCUGUGUCUAGUGGUGUCUCGCGUGUCGCCGGGGACUCCUGCUGGUCCCAGCACUCCCCAACCCCAUGGCUAUACUCAGCUUGGGAAAUUUUUGCCAGCCAAUCAGCCGCAGAUUGCACAGCAGACUAUACCCCGGCUGGCUGAACAGGCACAGUCUGCCUUGGGCACGGUGCGAGUGCCAGCACCUGCUUUUCAGGAGGUGCUGGGAGUGCCAUCGUUGCAGCUCUCGGGCUUGGCCCACCCGCCUUUGCACAGCCUGUUGGGGGCUGUUCCAUCUUCACCGUGACAGCCUGGACCCUGUCCAUCGGUUGACCAGACGGCUCAGCUGGUUCAGCCCUUGUUGGGGCCCCUCUCCAGUCUGCAGCUGGGGGGAGGGGUGGUGCGGCCCGCGGCGCCAGGUGCUGCGGGGGCAGUGGCCCCCCUGACUCCUUCAUUAUCAGCUAUGGAAACUGUGCAGAUGUAUGGGCCUUGCCCCCAUCUACUGCUGGGGCCAAGGAUGCAGCCUUUCGUUCACUACCUGGCACAACUCCCGCUUCCCGCGGGGGCUCCGGUUCUACUGGCGGGGCCAGCGCAGCUGAUUCCCGUAACGUCCCGCUGCGCGACAUGUGCUGGGACUGACUUGAUUUCUUUCACGGUGCCAGCGUCAAUGGUUCAACAGCAUGUUAUGGGGGGCACUUCGGUGUCAUUUUCGGCCCUCCCUGCCCCGGGACUGACGCCAGCGCUGGAGGCGGUGCCUGCUUUCCACGCCACGCCUGCUGUGGUGCCGGCGCUCCCAGCGAUGGGGCCUGACACCCUGCCCGCCGCGCCCUCGGCUGGAGCGGUUUUGCCUUUCGCCAUGCCCGCUGCUUCAGUGGCUCCAGCGGUGCCUCUGGCUCCUGCCCCCCCCCCCCCCCCCCCCGCUGUCUCAACGGCAGCACCUCUGCCUCUCGCCCCACCUGCUACUUCGGCGGUGGCAGUUCUGCCUCCUGCCCCGCCCGCUGUUGCUUCAGUGCCUGUGAUGCCUGCUGCACCCCAGCAGCCAGUGCCGUUCCUACCUCCGAUGACUUCAGCUUCAAUGCACAUCACAUCCACGGUGUUGCAAGCUCCUGCUGAUGCUUUCAUAUUGCCAUCUGUGAUGAAAGGAUCCACCGAGCAGCCGGUGAUGGUUCCAGUCCCCACCCCGUCACCGGCGGCUGGCCCUCCUGGUUCGGGAGCUGUUGGCUCGUGGGCCGUGCCAAGUUCUUCAGCUUCGCGGUCGAUAGCCGCUUCCCCAGCCUCGGUGUCUCCCGUCAGCCCACCCUCCCCUAUGGAUCGCAGACUGUCCCACACACCCCUGUCACAGGAGGCAGGUAGUGACAGCGAUGAUUUGAUCUUGAUUCUGUCACGGGGGCCUGACUGUCUGUCGGUACGCCAACACCAACAAGGGCAGCGAGCAACCCAGAGAGAUCUGUGGAUGCUGCCUCCCUGUCAGGUGUCUGUGCGACCGAUAAAUCCCCGUCGCUUCUGGGAUGCGGUCAGGCAAAGCGCUAUGGAAGCGUGUGAUUGGGAUUUGUUAGAGCGGGUGGGAAAGCCUGGUGCUGUGGUUUUGAACCCGCCUCUCAAGGAGGCUGAGACCGUGCCUAGCAGCCAGUUGAUUGCUCUGUCCUCCCCAGGGGGAGCACAAGGGGGUGGGGGUAACGGUGCUUCAGUGCGACGUAAGCUUCAAGCCUUUCCUGUGCACAAGGCUGUCCCAAAUUCAGGACAACAGGACAAGCACGAAGUUAUAGCUUGGGAGGUUGUACAGGAUUUGCAGGACAAGGUGGCAAAACAUGGGCUGGGUUCUGCCCCAUUGAUGCAGGUCCUCAGAGUGAUGAACACUGACCUGCUGGCUCCCUAUGAUAUCAAACAUCUGGCCUCUGUGUUGUUCCAACCUGUGCAGAUGGAUCUUUUGAUGAGCAACUGGAGGAGGAUGGCCGACAGGGUUGCAGCUGAGAAUCAACACUAUCCUCAGACAGACCCUAGGUGCUGUGUGGGGGUGGACGCACUCAUGGGACUCAAUAACUUUGCCAGUCCUGAUUUUCAGGCUACUUGGCACCACAUCGUACUUGAGCAGGCCCAGAAGAUAGGCUUUGCGGCAUUGCUCAAGACCAUGGAGACAGCUGCUCACGGGCAAUGAUAUGUAAAGAUAGCACAGGGGGCCAAAGAGUUGUUCCUGCCAUUUGUUGAGAGGCUUGCAGCUGCUUUGGAGAAGCAGAUUGAGGAUGAGACUUUGAGGCAGGUUUUGUGCAAAACUUUGGCAAGGGACAACGCAAAUGAGGAUUGUAGGAAAAUUAUAGAUGCAUUGCCGGGCGAUCCAUCAUUGACAGACACGGUCGAGGCUUGUUCCAAGGUUGGUACAGUGGACCAUAAAAUGUCUGUUCUGGCAGCAUCUUUGCAGGCAGGCCUGUCGUCCUCAGGGACUGGUCGGCGCAAGAAGGGGAAGAAGAAGGGCAAGCAGGUGCAGGGGACAAAAGUCAAGAAGGGGUCAGACUCUAAUUUUCUGUGCUCCAGGUGUGGUAAGCCAUGUCAUUUUGCGAAGAAAUGCAAGUCUACUUACCAUGCUAAUGGUAAGCGUUUGACAGGCUUGGGAAACGGGGGCAGGAGCGCACAGGGGAACUGCGCGCUGACACAAGUGAUCCCCCAGAGCACAGCACCAGUGCAGGGUGCCCCAGUCAACUUGACACAGGUACCCAUGGCUCUGCCGGGGUGGAUGUACACACCGCAGCAGCAGUCGUCUUAGAUUCUACUGAGGUGCACAGGGUACCUCUGAAUGCAUUUGGGACUUUAGGUCAUGGAUUGGGUGCAUUGUUGAUGGGGCGGUCUAACACUACCCUUCUGGGAGUCUUUGUGCACCCGGGUGUCAUUGAUUCUGAUUUUAUGGGCCAGAUUUGUGCUAUGGUUUGCACACCCUCCCCUCCUGUCGUUAUUCUGGCAGGAACCUGCAUUGCUCAACUUGUGCCUUUCCAGUCGUGUGUUCCCAGGGCAGAUCAACAGAUGCGUGGAGAUGGUGGCUCCGGAUCCAUGGGAUUGCCACAAGUCCUCUGGUCCGCGCUCAUUUCUUCCAAUCGCCCACAGAUGAUGUGCUCCGUGGUUUUGCCAGGUGCCAGCCCGUCUCGGAUCCAGCUGCAAGGUUUGAUCGACACCGGGGCCGACGUGACAGUCGUCUCCGCCUCUGUGUGGCCUCCUAAGUGGCCUUUGGACUCUGUGGGAGAGGCCAUUGAAGGCUUGGGGGGUGCAGCACAGACAUUUGUGAGCCGGCAGGCUGUGUUGAUCAAAAACACGGAAGGGCAGACAGCUAAGGUUC